AUGAAGAAGAUAGAGAGACCGCCUAUACCACAUUAUAUACUAUUUUUCACCCAAAUUCAGUCUGACCUAGAAGACAAAUGCACCGAACUGACCCAGUUAACCGACCAAUCACGUAAGGCCAUGGAAGAGGCCUCUCUAUUGGCUGAGGAAUUGAGGUUAGAGCAGGAGAGGGGCGCCGAGAUUGAUAGAAACAGUAGAAGUCUCGAGAACAGGAUGAAGGAUCUGCAAUCGAAACUACAUGAAGUUGAAGCCGCGGCGAUGCAGGGCGGCCACAAGGUUGUCCAGAGAAUGGAGCAAAGGAUCCACGAACUGGAAAUGGAGCUGGAAAACGAGCACCACCAGCACUCGGAAACGACACACACACACAAACGCAGACAAGAAAGAAGACUACGAGAGUUGUUAAGCAGCUCGCAGGAGAGUCAAGAGGAUCAAUCGAAACUUCAGGAGGCAGUGGAAAAGUUGCACCACAAGUUAAAAGCCUACAAAAGACAGGUAGACGAACUGGAAGAAGCGUCAAAAAUGAACAUGGCAAAGUACAAAAAGACCCAGCAAGAAAUGGAGCACGUGAUCGAAAGAGCAAACAUGGCCGAAACCUCGCUGUAUAACCUCAGGGCUAGAAACUCAGCUAGAAGCAGUAGCGUAGCUCCUUUCGAUAGGGUGGCAGCCGGUGGCGAUUUCGCAACGACGACAGGUGGCGGCGGUAGUAGUGGCGGCGAAUUUUCGAUGAAAAAUUUUCGCCCUGGCAGGGCUAGCUCGGAGAUAAAACAAGCCGCGCCUCUUUUUGAUCUCUGA